AUGGCAAGUCGAGCUCUAACCCCUUACCAGCUCAUCGCGUCUCUAACCAUGGCGCUCCUUGCGACGUGCCAUGCCGGUAGCAUCGCCGUCUACUGGGGCCAGAACAACGAGGUGUCGUUGCCCGAGACGUGCGCGUCGGGAAACUACGAGUUCGUCAUCAUCGCUUUCCUCUCCAAGUUCGGCAACGGCCAGAGGCCGCAAAUGGACCUUGCUGGCCACUGCGACCCUUCGUCGGGUGGCUGCGAAAGCAUAAGCAAUGACAUCAGGUCUUGCCAGCGCCGCGGCGUCAAGGUUCUUCUCUCCAUCGGCGGCGCCGAUGGAAGCUACGGUCUCUCGUCCCCGGACGAUGCACGACAGGUCGCCAUAUACCUCUGGAACAACUUCCUCGGCGGCACGUCGUCGUCCCGGCCCCUCGGCGACGCCGUGCUCGACGGCAUCGAUUUCGACAUCGAGUACGGUGGCGACAAGUUCUGGAACGAUCUCGCUAGAGACAUCAAGAGGUUGGGCAACAGCUUGGACAGCCGCAAGCGCGUGCUGCUGAGCGCGGCGCCGCAGUGCCCGUUCCCUGAUGAGUGGGACGGCAGCGCGAUUGCUACGGGGCUGUUCGACUACGUGUGGGUGCAGUUCUACGAUAACCCGGAGUGUGAAUUCAAAGCAGACGCCGAAGCAUUCAUGGACGCAUGGAGGAGAUGGGUAUCGGUGCCGGCUGGGAAGGUCUUCCUAGGACUGCCGGCCUCCAAGGACGCGGCGAACAACGGGUUCAUCCCCGCCGGCGAGCUCACGUCGCGCGUGCUGCCGCUCAUCAAGGGUUCGCCCAAGUACGGCGGUGUCAUGCUGUGGUCCAAGUUCUACGACGACCGCACGGGCUACAGCUCCGCCAUCAAGAGCCAUGUCUGA